AUGAGCGUCGAAACUGGAGACGCACUUGUGGUCGCUGCUUCCAAGGGCUCGCUCGAUGACGUCAGGCGCCUCCUUCGCGCCGGCAGCAACGUCAACGGCGUCCAUGGCGGCACCACCCCGCUGUGGGCGGCGGCGGCCAAAGGCCAUCUCAGUGUUGUUCAGCUGCUCCUCGAGGCCAGUGCAGAUCCCUUUUGCGCCAAUGUGGACCACGAGCUACCACGAGAUGUGGCCAAGCAGCAUGGGCAUACGGCGGUCGUGGCGCAGUUAGCGGCGACGACCACCGCACUCGUGCGACUCUUUGAGGCGAUUGUGAACGACGAGGUUGCGACGGUGCAGCAGCGACUGCGCGAGAAGGUGCCUCUCAACGUCCGAUACCGCUCGCUGUACAUGAACUUGCCCCUUUGCAAGCACGAGACUGACAAGUAUGUUCUGACCGAGGACGACGGCGACGCAGAGCCAGCGGAUGGGGUCACGGUACUGCACAUUGUAGCCGCCAAGGGCUACGAGGCGAUGCUACGAAUGCUGCUCGCAGAGGCGACAAUCGACAUCCAUCAAGCUGACAAUUACGAUCGUACUCCGUUGCACGAAGCCGCGUCGGCCGGUACCACCACCAUUGCUACAAAGCUCUUGCUCGCUGGUGCGCGCGUUGAUGCUCUCAACCGGUUUGGCGAGACGCCGCAGCAUUUUGCUGCGACAGCAGGCCAUGAGGAGACCCUUCGUUUUCUGUUGACAGCCGGCGCCGACGUCAAUGCGCGCUCCAAAGAUGGAACGAGCCUUCUGCACGGCGCGGCCAGCAAUGGCCAUGCUAGCAUCAUCCACGUUCUGCUGGCGCAUGGUGCUGUUAUCAACUCUCGUACUUGCGACGACGAAACGCCGCUGAUGAAGGCCGCUAGAUUCGGCCACGUGGAUGCUGCCAAUGCUCUCUUGGGUGCCGGUGCUGUCACCACCGACCGCAAUCGCUACGACCACACGCCCCUGCACAUCGCAGUCUUUCAAGGCCACUGCGACAUGGUGACGUUGCUUUUGGCAGCCGGCGCGGCAGCCAACUCGACGGAUUGGGAACUGGACUCUCCGCUACAUGACGCGGCGAGGGCUGGCAACACUGAGGUUAUCUCGAAACUUUUGGCGGCGGGGGCGACGGUGAACGCUGUCAACCAGAACGGCAUGACACCGCUGUACUUGGCAGCGAGCGACGGCCGAGCUGACGCGAUCCCCCUCUUCUUGGCCGCCGGUGCAGAUGUCGAUUCAACAAUCCCACACUGCAAAUACCGGACGACGCCGCUGCACCUGGCCGCUGAAAAGGGCCGAGUGGAUGCCGUGCACGCUCUGCUGGUCGGUGGCGCGGAUAUCACCGCAUGUACUCGAGGUUGCCAGACGCCGCUGCAUUUUGCUGCCAGUGAGGGCCACACCGACGUAGUCGAGGCCAUCGUGGUCGCGGGUGCUGUGGUUGAUGCCACGGACAAUAACCAAGCAACACCUCUCCACGGUGCGGCUGUCAACGGGCACGAUGGUGUCGUCGCAGUGCUCGUGGCCGCUGGUGCCUCCAUCAAUGCUUGCGAUAAUAGUGGCUACUCGGCACUGUUUCUGGCGGCCGAAGCGGGCCACGUCGACGUCGUUCAGCUGCUUCUCAACGCCAAGGCCGACGCGCGACUGGCCACAAAGGCGAAUGCAACCCCACGCUCGGCGGCCAAGAUGCAAGGCCACACAGCGGUCGUCGAGCUGCUCGACAGCGUCCUGCACCCAAAUGGUCAUGUCUCGCUGCAGGACGAGCGUCUUUGCAAAAAGCUAUCCGACGCCGUCACUUGCAACGAUCGCGAGCGAGUGCAAGCGCUACUGGCGUGCGGAGCCGACCCCAACACGCUGUUCGAGCAAUCGCUUUUGGAGACAGAGCCUGGUGUUGGCAUCUCGUUCCUCUUGGGCAAAUCAAAGACCCAUAUUAACGACGGAAGCUCGCUUCUGCACGUUGCGGCAGUCCAAGGCUUUGGCUCUGUUCUUGACGACCUUCUUGCCACGCCGACAAUUGACGUCGACGCCCGCGACAGUACGGGCGCCACGGCGCUGUUGGUUGCAGCGAGCCAUGGACAUGCCGCUAUUGUGCAGACGCUUCUACGCGCGAACGCAGAUUUCAAUCUUGCAUCCCUCACACAUGAGACGCCACUGCACAGUGCGGUGCGCCGAGAGCACCGCGACGUCGUCGAAGCGCUUUUGGACGCGGGAAUCUUCCUCGGUGCCGAGGACCAGGACAACAAGACACCUUGGAUGCUCUGCCAAGAAGUCGACAACGAAGCCAUCACCGAGCUCUUCCGUACCAAAACUGACGUCUCUGCAUGUGAGGAGCCGGCGAGCACGGCGUCGUCCGAGGAGCUUGUCCAAAUCGUUCGAGGUGGCGACGUGGCGCAGCUGCAGGCGCUUCUACAGGGCGAUGUGAAUCCCAACGUGACAACCACCGAUACAGGCGACAGUCUGCUGCACGUAGCGGCCCAAGGCAAGCAAGGUGCAAUCCUCAACGUGUUGCUCAAGACCAAGCGAAUCAACUUUGACGUGCGCAAUCAUAACAUGGAGACGGCGCUUCUUGUCGCUAUCAAGCAGCGUGACGUGUGUUUUGCACAAAAGCUACAUCGGGUGAUGCUGCCAGCGACGCAAUACGUUUCGGCAAAUACUAUCGUUGUGAACCGGGACGAGGCGCUUGGAGGAGGCCAAGCGAGUAUUGUCUACAUGGGGGAGUUCAAUGGUGACGCGGUCGCGGUCAAGACGGCGCUCUUUCCGUCGCAAGCACCAGGUCUUAUCUGCGAAAUCGAGGCGCUCCAACGCUGCGACUCGCCGUAUCUCACGCGGCUUCUGGCCGUCGCCGAUCACGACACAGCGUGUCCCAAACUCGUCUUCGACUAUAUGGGUGUCGGCAAUCUCCGCAUGUACCUCGACAAGAAGCGCGACGCCGGUUAA